AUGGACGACGACCACCAUCGCUACGACGAUGGCGCAGACAGCCGCAGGAACAGGUUGCCGUCAUUCACAGAGGUCUUGUCUCGGCGGACACGACCCCCGGUAGACCUGUUCAUGUUCUACCUGUUCCUCCAGCGUGAAGGCUCGGAAGAUAUACUCGAUUUCUGGCUUGACGUUCAACAGCAUGAAAAUCUAUGUCGCGCAUAUUUUAAAGACGUGCGCAAGUCGGGACGAACUAUCAGGGAAGAUUGGCCGGAGUACUGGGAUUAUGCGCGAAGGCGCGGAUCGAUAUAUGGCACGGUGGUGGGGAUGAAUCCACAGAUGGGCACAAAGCGAAGCACAACGAGUACGACAGACAUGCCCGACCAGGAUAGACGCAACCUCGCCGGGUACGGCGACGAGAAAGCCGGGCGUAGCCCAAGUCCUCGCAUGAUGUCGACAACCCCGGCUACCGCCGUAGCCACUGAGCCACCGCGCUCUACGACCCCAUUCUCUCUCUCCGGUCGCACACCUACUCUAUUCAAUAUGCGACGUGCAUCGCGCGCCCCGACAAUAAUUCCCCGCACCUCUGCUAUCACGCGCCAGAACCUGAUAGAAUCUGCGGAACGCAUAUACUUCCGCUACCUGUCACCUGCCGGGACGGUUGGCUCAGCUGAAAACCAUGAGAUCUACCUGCCGCCCGCCCUCCGAGUACAUACCUUUCCGCUGAACAGCUCUCAUGAGCCCAAGUCGCAGAGUGACCUCAAUAUAAUGGCACAGAUCCCGGAUAUGUUCCAUGCGCAGAAGGAAUACUGUUUCCGUGCUAUGGAGCAGGAUGCGUUUCCGCGAUUCUUGCGCGCGAAGGCAUUCGGGAAUUUGACACCAGUGUCGGCCCUAGUGCGGCUGAUUGUGGGGCUAAUUAUCCUCUGGAUCGGACUGGCGGUGGGAUUCUCACUCAUCUUCCUGGACGUGGAACCUAAGUCUAAGCGCUUCUUCCUCUUCUUGCCUUACGCCGUUGCCAUCCUCUUCUUGAUUUCCCACCAGUAUGAGCUUGACCCCUUCCUCGUUUUCCUGGGCCAAUCAGAGUCUACGCCGUUCCGCACGCUGCCCAUUCGUGAACCAUAUGUCAAGAAGUUGCUGUUUGGGCGAGCGUUGUGGGUUACUGCCCUUGUUGCAGCAUGUACGGUUGCGUUGACAAUGAUUUUCUGGGCGGUUCCCGGCAAGCGCCUAUGA